AUGAAUGCCCCCGUCGGCGCGGGUGAUUUACUUCACUACAACGCCCAGCACAAACUCCUCAUCUGCCUGGAAUGCAAAUACGCAAUCCAAAAACACGCCGUGGACAGCCACCUACUACGCCACAAAAUCUAUCGCGGAGAGCGACAGCAACUCUUAUCUGCAAUUUCAGAGCUGGAGAUUCCGGAAGCGGGUGGUGUGCGUUUCCCGACUGAGCCGUGUGAGCCUGUGGAUGGAUUGCCGGUCAUUGAUGGGUAUAAAUGUACGGCAAGGGGGGGUUGUGGGAGUUUGUAUGCGAGUGUGAAGCGCAUGCGAAGGCAUUGGAGUGAGAGUCACGGGCUGACGGAUUUGCCGGAGGGUUAUGCUUCCGCUGUGCAUAUGCAGACGUUCUUUCGGGGGACGAAGGUUAGGGGCGUCCUCCUAGAGCACUUCUCUAAUCUCCCCUACCAAAUGGCCGAAAAACUCGGCAGACCAAACGCACCCAUCGACUUUCUGGCUGUUAUGUCUGCCAUCGGCGCACUUAUCGAUUGCUGCCGUCAAACCUACGACGCAAACGAUGCAGGCAGCGCCUGGAUGGGACUGGAGAAGUGGUUGGAAAAGGUAUCGGGUCGGUUUACUGAGCUUUUGGUGACUGAGAAGAGUCCCGCUGCGCUAAUAGUGUUUGCGCAGUGGUUAUUACUGGUUGCGAUGGCGGAACGGUUUUGUUGGUUUCUGAGGGGGGUGGCGAUGAAGAUGUUGCAUUUGAUCAUGGCGGAGUUGGAGGAACAUGGUACGUUUCGGGACUUGCUUAAGCAGCUUAUGGGUUGGGCUUUGGAGUCUGUUUAG